AAUUGCUGAGGCCUGGUGUCGCGGCAGGGCGGGCCGGGCGCGGCGCGGACGGCCAGGGCGCUCGUGCGGGGGAUGAGGCCCGGCUGGCAGCGGCGCGCGCGGACGCUGCCGACCGCCAGCCGACGCAGCGCGACCAGUUGAUCGCCGGCCUCGACGAGGGUCGCGGCUACCUCCGCCGACGUGCAGGGCCCGACGCAGCGCCUUGUCGGCGGAGCUGGGUACAAAAUGAGGGCACAGCUCGCCUGUCUCAGCUGGUACUGUCUGCUGGCCGGUGUAUCGGCGGUCAGGAUGAUAAAAACCCACUUUCCAAGUCACGUGGUUAUGGGAAAGUCGAUGAACAUGACGUGCGACUACGACCCGGAGGGGGAGCGCGUGUACCAGGUAAAGUGGUACAAAGACGACAACGAGUUCUACACUUACAUUCCGGGAAGUUCGGCCAAAACCUACGACACGACCGGCAUGAAUAUCGACAAUAUUGACAUGGAGUUGUCAGGAGCAAAGAGUGUCGUCAUUCACGACGUGGAUCUGCGCAUGGAGGGCAGGUACGGCUGCGAGAUCACCAUGGACUCAUCCUUCGACACAGUCAUCGGAGUCGGGGACGUCAUGAUCGUCGCGUUGCCGCAGCGAGGUCCAAAUAUCACGGGCCUGUUUCUAGACAGCAUGGACGAAGGUGACCGCGUCUGGGUCAACUGCACCUCGUACAGGUCAAGGCCAGCCGCGCAGCUCACCUGGUAUAUCAACGGUGCUAGGUCGGAUAACGCCUCUCUGAGGUGGUACCCAGAGCCAGUGGAUCCCUCCGGGCUGCGCAAUGUCACACUGGGCCUGGACUUUCGGCUGCGGGGCUCCCACUUCGGCUCCACCGGCCUGGUGAUGCUCAAGUGCACCGCCGAGAUCCAGACUGUGUUCUACCAGAGCGCCAACGUCCGCAUCGUCAGCAGGACCAUGGCCAUGCGGUCCCCCUUCGGAAAGGGGUCUGCACUGGCCCUCAGUGGGUCUUCGGCGUCCCUGCUGUUGCUGCUGCUGCUGCUCGGCCUGCGCUGUCUCUCCGGAGGCUAGAGCUGCUUCUGUGACACUGGCUAAUGACGUCACCGGAUACAGAGCCGGCGGUCACCACCUCGCGAACAGAGAGCAUGAUUUGGUGUGAGACUGGAUAGCUGUUAGAUACUGACGCGAUGAUGACGCGAAGAUGACGUGUUGAUGACGCGUUGAUGACGCGAUGACGCCGUCGUGCUGCCAGGGGACGUUCGACCGUGUGUGCGUCAUUGGAGGCACGUGGCUGCCGAGGGUCGUGUCCAGACGCUGUGGCGUCAGUGGAGAUAUUCUUGUCUGCCGUGGGUUGCGUCUGAACGUUAUGACGUCAUAAGAGGCACGUCUGUUUGUGGGAUGGUUCGAGUGCGAGUGUGAAUGCAAGUGUGAGCUGGCGAGGGUUGGGGACAGCCGGAAUAGGAGCGGAAUGAAAGCCCUGUUUGACGCUAAGUGCCCUCCAAGAAUGCUUCCAUUCAGAAAUACGAUGCUCUAAUUAAGGCAUGCUAUUUUGGAUGCAACCGACACCCAACAAACAGUACUCAGUAGGCACGGGCAGAGAGCAAAUGAUUGGUGACGCUGCCCACCUAGAUGUGACUUAUUAGUUAUAAUUACCGCUUCGAUAAUUUAUUGCACAGCCUCCCCAUAAUAGCCGUUUUCACGACGGUCAUCUGGUACACAUUUGGUGCACAUCUGGUGCCGAUUAGGUGCAGAUUUGGUCAAAUUAGGCUAAGUGUGUCUCUUAGUAGCUAUCAGCUAGGGUUGCACUAAUUGCUUAUAUGCCUGCUUUGUCAUAUUAUCAGAGAGAAUCAUCGAUUAAAACACUGAAAUAAAUUCAUAAAAUAAAGAUAUUUGCUGUAAAAGAGAUUAGGUGCAGAUUUGGUCAAAUUAGGUGCACUCGCCGGAUAGCCCGUCGUAAAAACGGCUAAUAAGUAACAUAAUGAUCAUUAUGUUUUCACUUAGGUAAUUUUUUAUAAUACCUAUAAAUCUCCGUGAAAACUAAAUAAGGCAAAAGGCGCAGUUUCGCCCACAGGCAAAUAAUUACUUUAGAGGCAUGUUGGACAAAAGUGUGACCGUUGUCAGAUUUCAUGACUCCUCUAUUUAUCAGCACUGCAGUUUAGCCAUUUACUUAGGCACAAAAUUUCCUUCAUAUUUGCAUGUUUGUGUAUACAAUCAAAGUUGAAAGCAUUUUGUACUUACUUCUGCUAUAUGCGAAACAAAUGAAAAAUCACAAUGAGCAUCAUUAUCAAAAAUCUUAAAUAUAAAGAAGUUUCACCCUAACAGUUUUCCCUAAAUUGCUAGGCAGUAGGGCAAAUUUCUACCAAGAAGCCCUGAGAUAAUGCCUCAUUAUCUUUCAAAAGCAAAGCUGCUGAAAGUUUAUCAGCACAUUCUAGCAAGCGCCAAACAUUCACUUUUCCUGUGAGAGACAAUGCCCAGCCCAGUGCCCCCAACAUUACCAAGGUGUCGAUCGGACUCGGGUCUACUGGGUGUCCCUUUGAACCGAUCUGCUGCUGGAUGUGUGUGCAGAGUGACUGUCAAUGAUCAUAGUAUGACUGCCGCACUGUCUGCUUUGCUCUGUACUCAUCGCGCCAGUGAUCGCCACUGGCGCUGUCGCGAUGAUAUUGGCCGCAUUCCGAGACAGAGGCUGCUGUACGGCAGCCUGCGUUUGCAUUUAUAUCAAUCAGUGUACAACGCACAGCGCAUGGGUGAACUAAUGUAUUGGCUAGCUAGGGGCAAUUUAUACCUAUGUUUUACAUGUUUUAGCUGACGGGUCACCCUCAUAUUGGUUUACAUACCUAUAAGAGCACGCAGAUUGUGUUGUUAGCCGAAUGAGUGCCGGAGGCCAUAUGGGUCUGACUGACGUUGUUCACUGUGAUAUGUUUAUUGAUGUGCAAUGGAUAAUGGCAUCGCGCAGACGGUGAUGACAUUAAAAGGCGCUGUCCGAAGGCUCAGAAAUAAAUUGAAAUGUGUUCA